GAUUACGCUCACUGAUUUUGGUAGGGUUAAUCAAGAAGCCAAGCAAAAGAAAAUAUUCAAACGAAAAACAAAAAUUAAAGAUUUUACGUAAAAGAGCCAAACAUAAAACCGCUCCAUUACCACGGAAAGAUGAAGUUCAUCGCAGCAGUACUUGCUCUGCUAGCCUGCUCAAUUUAUCUGGCUGAAGGAGAAGGAGAAUAUGGCCAGCUGCUGGACUCCAAUUGUGGUCAGACGAAGGAAGAGCUUCGCGGCCGGAUCACGGGGGGCAAGAGCACAGACCUGACCUUAAAUCCAUGGAUGGUAAAGGUGGUUGGCCAGGGGACAUGUGGUGGCACGCUGAUCACCAGUCGUUUUGUUCUGACCGCAGCCCACUGCAUCGUGAAAUCCCACAUGAAAGUGUACUUGGGCGAGUACCGUACCCGCUAUCCAGGGAUGCACAACCGGUCUGAUGGCGUCAGCGUGCCAAAUAGCUAUGCACUCACUGUGGACAAGAAAAUUGUGCAUGACGGUUAUAGGAGCAUGUACAAAUAUGACAUCGGUCUGCUGCGCAUGACGGACGCGGUCCAGUACUCAGACUAUGUCCAGCCGAUCUGUCUCCUGGUCAAUGGGCACAUGCGUGGCAGUCCCGACUACAAUAUCACCGGUUGGGGUAUCACCGACUUUGGCGAGGAAAGCUGGACGCUCCAGGCAGCCCCAGUGUUCAACACCGAUCUCAAGUACUGCCGCAAGAAGUUCUGCAAACAGGUGGAUACAUCGCAGAUUUGUGCUGCCAAUAAUAAGGAAGAUGCAUGUAUGGGGGAUUCGGGUGGCCCGCUUAGCGCACAGAUGGCUUUUGGCGACAGCUUCAGGACCUUCCAGUACGGAAUAGUUAGCUAUGGAACUGAUACAUGCAAUUCCUUCAGCGUUUACACCAAUGUAACACACUAUAGGAAGUGGAUAGUGGAGAGCAUUGAACACCACAGCGAAUCCAUCUCGCCUGUAGCUCGUUUUCUUCUCUAAAAAGUAUCAAGUCCGCAUUGGAGCUUAUCUCCAGGAAUGUACAAGUCAGGUCAAUAAUAUCUGCAUUCGUAUGUAUAGAAGCGAAGUCUAGCUGCAGCGAGUUAAACGCUAUACAUAAUAUAUGUAUAAGCACAA